GGCUCGCUCACGCCUGUACGGGGAACGGGGAACGGAGAGCUUCGCAGGGGGAGCGAAAACGCGUCGCGAUCUCGCGGCGUUCUCGCGCGGACUUGUACGCCGGCGGAAAGCAUGACGAUCGCGGCGGCGACACCUCGUCCCGACACCUCGUGAUAGCGUGAAACUCGCUGGCCCGAUGGUAUGCGGUGACGUCAUCCGAAUCUGCUCUGGAAGGAUCCAGCGGGACAAUAAUGGCGGAUCUGUACGCCAAGUACAAUUGCACCUAUUGCCAGGAGGACAUCGCGGGCCUACGCGUCAAAUGCAUCGACUGCCCCGAAUUCGACCUUUGCUUGCAGUGUUUUUCUGCCGGUGCUGAAAUUGGUAAACAUAAAAAUAAUCAUGCCUAUCAAUUUAUGGAUUCUGGUACGAUCAGCAUAUUCAACGGCCGUGGCAAUUGGACAGCCAAAGAACAGCUGAGGCUUCUGGACGCUAUCGAACAGUUUGGCUUCGGAAACUGGGAAGACAUCAGUAAACAUAUCGAGACGCGUACGUCAGAAGAAGCGAAAGAGGAGUAUAUCGCUAGGUAUCUCAAUGGCAAUAUCGGAAAGCACACGUGGCCACCCACGGAUAGCUACGUACCAAAUCUUACGGAUCAAACAAAGUCCGAUCAUGGCCCUCUAUCGCCUGACCUCACAUCCAGAUUACCACCAUUGGACAUCACCCCGGAAGAGGCCGCGCAACUGGGUUACAUGCCCCAACGAGAUGAUUUUGAGAGAGAUUACAAUCAUGAGGCCGAGUCUCUCGUUUCUUCAUUGUUCCUGAACCCUACCGAAGAUGACGAUCUUGAUAUUGCACUUAAAUUGGCACAAGUUGAUAUGUACACCAGUAAUCUCAGAGAGCGAGCCAGACGAAAACGCGUCGUAAGAGAUUACCAGCUUGUGUCCGCUUUUUUCGCAUCAUCCAGGAAAGACAAAGGAAUGAAGAAAAAAUGGACGAAAGAAGAAAAAGAAUUUAGGGACAGAAUGCGUGUAUUCGCACAGUUUUACACAGCACAAGAGCACGAACAGUUCCUAACAAAUCUCGAGAGGGAGAGAGAAUUGCGCUUACGGCUCUCGGAGCUUUAUCGAUAUCGCGAGAACGGCAUUACGAGACACGAGGAAUGCGCUCAUUUCGAGCAGGUUCUUGCGCAAACUCAGAGACAAAACGAUACAGUGGAUCAUUGGACUGAAAAAAAAUCUGGCAGCAGUGGGCCGUCCACACCAAUACACCGCAGCACCUCAAAAAGAAGAGAAGAAGAAAGAAGUUACUCUUCCAUCGACCGAAAAUACACUGUAAAGCAAGACUUGGCCAGCUCCACAGUCAGUCAAACCAGUCACAAUCGGAUGACGACUCCGGCCAAUCAGUGGGCGGAGUCGGAUAGCAAUCCAAACACUUCCAAUCAAUCAACUUCCAGCCCCAACUCCUCACAAGAAAAAAGUUACAGCGGUGGUAGCACUUCUAUCUCGGAGAGAGAUAUAGAAUUGGAGGAUGCGUCCCAUCUUUUAACGAAACAAGAAAAAUCCUUAUGUAUUCAACUUGAUCUAAAACCGACUCAGUAUUUGACGCAAAAGACAUUGUUAUUACAAGAAUAUUACGGUAAUAGGAGAUCGAGUAUUGUACCUCAAUCAGAACCAGAAAGCAAAAUUCUUCAUUACCUUGUAACUAACGGUUGGAUCACAGCCAAUUGAUCAAACGUAUUAAAAUUUACGACUAUUUUGCCAUUCUAAG